GAUCAGGUGACCCCGCGUAAAUGAGCUCUGAUUCUUGCAGCCCCACGACAACAGCUUCCUUCCAUCGUCAGGGCCUCCCGACUGUCGCAACUUCCCCCGCAAUCAAUCGAUGACUUCCCCGACCCUCAAAAUACGGAUUGAGCUCCAGAACAACCCAUCCUUCUUCGAUCGCCUCACUUCAACCUUUCAAGACCGCUUUAGUGUAUCUUGAUCCUUUGGAAGCUUCGUCUUUGAGCAUCUUGCAUCUGCGAUCGCAAACUUCACAGCUCCCGGUAAUCAACAAAUCUCAAUUGCCUAUCUAUAACUGCCGACGAAUCUCGCCUUGGACACCUACCUGCUCUUUUGCUGAUUGGGAGUCUGCGCGUUAUCACAAUCUCGACCAAUUGUCUUCAGCCAUCUUCCGUCUUUCAUGAUGUCCAACCCAGCAGAGCCCACAACCCAGGAAGCCACUGCACCUGCAGACUCUACGGCUGCUCCUGCGCCUACCACGACCAUGGCCGAUGCUGCUGGCCUCGACGUCCCUAUGGCCGAUGCUGGCGAACCUGCUUCAUCUCCCGUUCCGAUCCCGCAGGUCGCCCCGAGUGCUCCUAGCCCUGCUCCUCGAACUGGUACUCCCAGUCGCAAUGUCAAUGGCGAGGCCAGCUCUCGUGCUGGCUCUGUUCAUCCGGAUACGAAUGCGACAAACAUCCCCAAUCGCGCGGUAGAGCAUGGCGACAGUGCCCGCAUGUACAUCAAUAACCACGUCACUGCUGCUCUGCUCGAGGGCAUGAAGAUUAUCAGCAAGAACCAGCCUGCUAACCCUCUUCAUGUUUUGGGCAAUUUCCUUCUUGAGGAGUCUCGUCGCAGAAACGAGCCUUCUGCCUGAGCUGCUGGGUCGUCUCAAGGCGAUAUCUGGGCUUGAAUGGCAUAAUCAUUUGGGACGAUGGACUCAUGAUUUGGUUGGCAUUGAGCUAGGCGUUCAGGAAGCAGAAAAGUCUUUGCAAUAAGUACUCUGAGCAUUAUGCUUUAGGUCAUGACGAUACGAAUGAUACCACGGUUCAAAAACUUCUUGAUUCUUCGUAGCAACCCGUAAAAAAAAAGCUCAAUAGACACUGGCGUUGCCGUAGAAGAAUUUCCUCAUUUUUGUUUGGUUUUAUGUCUACUUCUUUUG